UUUAAGUGAAUUCUUUGUGUUUAUAUAAUUUUUAAAAAUGGCUGCGUUUCAUAGAUUGCAUAUUAUUUUAAGAAAAACCAAAUGUUUUAAUGAAUUUAUUCGGUUUAAUCGUUCUAUAUUAAAUUCGUUAACAAUUCGUAGUUUGUGUACAUACAUUGAACAACCUAAAUCUAAAAAUAAUUUUAAAUUCAGUUUAAUUGGUACUGCUGUUGGUUUUGCACUUGGAAUAGGCUAUGCUUUAAAAGAAAUUGCAAGUGCCAAACAGAAAUUAGCCUUAGAAGGCACUAUAGUAGGAACAAAACUACUAAAACACAAACCAGAUGUUAAACUAUCCAGAACAGUUUUUUCUCAUAUUGAUAAUACUGGAUUACAGUUGACAUUGUUUCAAUAUCAAUCUUGUCCAUUUUGUUGCAAAGUAAGAGUCUUAUUGGACUAUUAUGGUUUAUCAUACGAUGUUGUAGAAGUUGAUCCUGUGUUCAGACAAGAAAUUAGUUGGUCAAAUUAUAGGAAAGUUCCAAUUCUUCUUGUAAAAAUUGAUAGAGAAUACCAAAUAUUAACAGAUAGUUCAAUGAUUGUAUCACUUUUAACAUCCUAUUUAAAUUCCAAAUCUGUUAAAAUUAAUGAACUUGCAAAGUUUUAUCCAACAAUGGUAAUGUACAAUGAGAAAGGACAAUUUAAACAUGAAAUUGUUAAUAAAUAUUUUCUUAUGUAUCCAAACUCUGUGUUUCAAGAUAAAGAUUUGAAUCAUAUCAAUGAAGAAUAUAAGUGGAGAAAAUGGACGGAUAAUGUUUUUAUACAUACUCUUUCACCAAAUGUUUAUAGAACAUUAAAAGAAGCAUACCAAACAUUUAAUUGGUUUUCUAAAGUUGGUCACUGGGAUGAAUACUUUCCAUUUUGGGAACAAGCAAUAAUGGUUCAUGUUGGAGCCUUUGCAAUGUGGCUGAUUUCAAAAAGACUGAAAAAAAGACACAAUUUAAAAGAUAAUGUUCGUGAAUCAUUUUAUGAUGAGAUAAAUAUUUGGCUGUAUGAAAUUAAAAUCAAAGGAGGCAUAUUUAUGGGUGGCUUAAAUCCAGAUUUAUGUGAUCUUACAGUAUAUGGAGUCUUGAAUUCAAUUGAAGGUUGUCAAGCAUUCAAAGAUGCAUUAAUAAAUACAAAUCUAGGUACAUGGUAUAAUGCAGUAAAAGAAAAGGUUGAUUCUCAUUCAGAUAGGCGCAUGACUACAAGAACUAAAUACCUAACCUAACUGACCAUGUAUGAAACAAUUAGGAGCCGUGGAACGAUUUGGAUUUGGAUGAUAUAGGAUGUAUGCAUCAGAAAUAAUAUAGUCAAACGGACCAAUGCAUAGCAACCAUAUAACGAAAGCAAGCACAUUAGUGAAAAAACAAAACGAUUAUUUCAUAUACAAGUGAUUAUUGAUGUUGGAAGUGAUAAAAAGUCUAAAACAAAUUAUCUUUAAAUUUUAUUAUUACAUGCGCAGAAAAUCAGGGAUAUCAAUUUCUACUAUGAUGUCAACAUUGUCGACUGACCGUUAAUCUAAUAUAUUUCUUUCUUUUUCUCCCAAUUUCCUUUCUUUCCCCUAUUCCUCUUUUUCUCCAACGUUUAUAGAACUUUCAUCUUCGCUACAUCGUAUUCUUGGUC